GUUUGCCUCUGCUCGAUUUUCGAUUGAGGAACUAGGACUGAGGAAAUUUACGAACACACCAGCUUUAGCUGUUUACGUCGUGGGUUCGAGUUGUUUCACAACCGGGGUUAUUCCCCGAGCCAUGGAAAAUACAAGACAGAAUGAUUAAGUGUUGAUUCUUCCCUGAAACCUGUAAUAAUAUGGUUGUCGCCGACUCUCAUGGUGAACAUGAAGUCGUAUUUGUCGUCGAGGGGACGGCCAACUUGCUACUUCAUUUCCAAACUCUCAAGACAGAAUAUAUAGACCCAAUUAUAGAAUAUAUAAAUGGUGGUCCAGUACAAGAAUCAAAUUCAUUUUUUGGUGAUGAGAAUGGGCCUAACCAGUACUGUUUGGUGGUGUAUGGCACAAAAGCUUCACAUCCUGAGGAUGCUGUACAACUUGUGCGAUACACAAGGGAUGUCCAUGACUUUCUACAAGCCCUGAAUGAAGUAAAGUUUGAUGGAGGAGGAGGACAAGACUGUAGUCUAUUAGCUGAAGGCAUGGGAUUUGCUCUACAGGCUUUUGAUGAAAUGCGGGUGUCAAGAGGAAGCGUCAAUUGUCAUCGUCACUGUAUUGUUGUGUGUAACUCACCACCAUUCCCACAACCAAGUAGAGAAUGUCUGAGCUACUUGAACAAGACAGUUGACCAGCUGGCAGCUGUUAUGGCUAAGCCUGAGAAUAACAUCCAUCUAUCAAUUAUCUCACCACGGAAGUUUCCAGCACUUCAGCUUGUUUUUGAUAAGUCAUUACGUGAUGAUACCAAAGGUAUGAAGUCAAAGACUGAUUAUGCUAAGGAACCACAACAUAUGGCCUGUUUACAGGGAAUCAUGCUACCAGGUGCUUCAAGCUCCUCUCCACUUCACACAUCUCUGUCAGGAUCAUCGUCUGGCAGUGCCACCCAUUCACACCAAGAAACUGAUGCUGCUAAUACUGCUGUUAACAGCCCACAAACCAUACCAGAUGCUGAACCAGCACCAAAGAAGAAAACUAAACCCAAACCCAAACAACAGCCCCAGAGCGAACCCUCAUUCCACAGCCAACUACCACAGGUAUCACAACCAGGACAAAGUAUGGCUGGUCAACCAAUGAAACCAAUACCUGGACAAGCCUUACCCGGACAGGCCAUUCCUGGGAUGCAAGGGCCUUAUCAGGUGCAGCCCCCACAAGGUGUGAGCCCUGGAAUGCCAGGAUUUCCUGGUGCAAAUGUCUCCUUAGGAUCCAACAUGCCCACCAUGCCCGCUGGAACUACAACAGUGAACUUCCAACAACAAGUUCGACCACAAGUACCCAUGCAGCCGGUCCCUGAUACUGGAGUACCUCCUGCAAUCAGCAAGAACUCGCUGGCAUGGAGUGGGACACUGGAGUGGUAUGAAACGACUCGGACAGAUCUUACUACUCCCACAAGGAUCACACGGUCCCUGCAAUGUCAUAUAUCUGUUGCACCACAGAAUGCAAUAAAAACCGAUAAAUGGCCGAGCAAGCUUAUAAUGCAGCUAAUCCCUCAGCACCUUCUGUCCACUCUUGGAAGACUAUUACAGAACUGCAAGACAGUGGCAUUCCACUUCCCAGCAACUGACCCUGAUUCUCUCAAAGCCCUCUAUGGCGUGAUGGCAAUGAGAGGAGUUAAGUUUGCCGGCUGUGUCCACUUCCCUCCUGUUCCUGGCUGUGAGAUCAAAGUGCUACUGCUUAUUUACAGUCCAAAGAAGAGAGCAUUUGUUGGUCUUAUCCCACAUGACCAGGGUAACUUUGUCAAUGGAAUAAGGACCGUCCUAGCUAAGUACAAAACCGAUCAAGUUAAAAAGUUCCAGAUGCAAAGACAGCAGCAGCUCCUGGCUGCUCAAAUACGUCAGCAGCAGCAAAGUGGGUUUAACCAGCAGGGUGGAUUUGCACCGGCGGCGGGGGGAGUAGCGGGCACGGUUAUGCCACAGAACCAGUUUCCCCAGCAAGCCGGCGUCAUGCAGCCUGGGAAUGCCCAGGCCACGAUACCCAACACGCAAAGAGACCAGACCACCAUGCUGUCAUCCGCUGCCCUAAUGCCAGCGGCAUCCUCGCAGGCUCGAGACAGCAUCGUGACGUCAAGCAUGGGUAUGCAGCAACUCGGCCCGACUGCCUCUAUGCCGGUUUCCUUGGCAACGCAACCGAUCCAGAUGAAUCAGCAGGAAUCUAUGCAGAGACCAUUGCAGCAAGUUUAUCAAAACAAUUUGGAGGCGCAGAGAGAACUUGCAUUAAAACAGCAACAACAACAGCAGCAGCUGCAACAACAACAGCAGUUACAACAACAACAAUUACAACAACAGCCUUCGCAGCAGCUUCAGCAGCAACAGCAACUUUUGCAGCAGCUACAAUUUCGCAAGCAACUACAGUUGCAGCAACAACAGCAACAGCAAUUCCAGGUUCAGCAGCAGACUCAACAGCAGUCUCAGGCACACUCUCAGCUGCGCCACAUCCUCCAGCAAGUGCACCAACAGGCGGGUGGACAACCCGGAGCCGCAGCCAACGCCCAACAGGCCAUGACCCCGCAGCAGUGGCAAGUCCGGCAACAGCUGAUGACAGCCGCCGCCCAGAUCCCUCAGAUGAAUACGGCUCAGCUGAGCCAAUCACAGGGACAGAUGUCUCAGGCCCAGGCUACUCAAGCGCAACUGAACGUUCAGGCGCUUCAGGCACAGGCGGCCCAGUCACAAGGAAACUUCAACCCCGAGAAUAUGAGUCUGAUGGAGCUUUUGCAGUAGUAUGCCUUUUAGAUUUAGAUAUACUACAUCAGCGGUAUGUGAGCAAAGUUGCCUAUAUCAGGGCGCUUGUUAUUGUCGUCAUCAUCAUCUUAUCUAACAUAUGUUGUUCUUUGUCUGGAUGGUCUAUGGGAAACUGGGGCGAGCACGCAUUAUUUCCUGUGGUAAUAAAAACACGUGUGUUCCUCGGGCCUAAUGAAAAUGGCUCUCAUGAAAAACGAAGUAAAACAAGAUCUCCUGCAAGUUAGUGUGAAAAUGAAUAAUUCAGACACCAUUUAGCGGCCAAAAUAGCAAAAACGAUUUUAGCGGAAUCCCCAAUGUGGUACGAAAUUUGAUAUAAUCAUCAUCAUCAUAAUAAUCAUAACCAUCACUGUCGUCAUCAUCAUUAUCAUCAUCAUCGUCAUCAUUAUCAUCAUAACCAUCACUGUCGUCAUCAUCAUUAUCAUCAUCAUCGUCAUCAUUAUCAUCAUAACCAUCAUUGUCAUCAUCAUCAUUAUCUUCAUCAUCAUUAUUAUUAUCAUAACCAUCACUGUCAUCAUCAUCAGCAGCAGCAGCAGAAUGUCGCUGUUAUUAUCCUAACCAAUCAUUAUCUUUAUCAUCUACAUCAUCAUCAUCAUAACCAUCCUUGUAAUCGUCAUCGUCAUCAUCAAAACCAUCAUUAUCACCGAUCAGCCAUUUCCUCUCUGUGUAUAGAUGCAUACUAUAUUGUUAUAUUUAUUACUAAGGUAUAUUGUGCCAUUCUAGAACAGCAAAAGGGAUAUCUUGCUGUAGAAAUACCGCUCAUCCCUAUAAGAUUGUAGAAAAUUUGAUGGAUAUGCACUGGUCUCCUGGGAAUCUCUUGAUUGACAUAAAAUAAUCUUCCUGUCCGCUACAAUUAGACUAAAAUGCAAACUUUAUAUAGAUUGAUUCUGCGGAGAGAUUAAUUAUGAAUGCUUUUGCGAAGCUUCGGGAACAGGAGAACAGGUUUUUUUUCCCUCAUCUGUGGAACCUUUUUCACAGAAUAUUUAUCUAAACAGUGUAUGCCCCAUUAUUAUAUGACUUAUACUUUAAAAAAUGCUUCAAAGGAUAGAACUAUUGGUAUGGAGAUGUGCGAAACAUGGAAAGCUCGAGUGAUUUCCAAAUCCAUUAAAAUCUUGAGUAAGCUGUUGCGGUCAAAGUUUUUUUUCCGGGAAAAGUGCAGAUAAACAAUAAGAUAUAGAACUGUUUGUAAUAGUCAUUUAUCUAAACGUAAAAUAUAAGGUAAAUUGAUAGAAUUAAAACGCGAAAAGAAUCUUUUAAUAACUAAGAAUCUCAAGAAUAUUUUCUUAGAAAUAUCAUAUUGUACACGUGUCUCCAUCACGUAAAAUAUCAACAGUAAUUUAUAUUGAAAAAGUUAAUAAAUUAUACACCAUGUCA